AUGAGAAUGAGAGGUAUAGUUAUACGUGACAUUACGUUAAAAUGGAUUUCGCCUAAAGAACCUGCUCGUUUGGAGGCAAAGAAGCUAAUGACAUUGUCAACAGUUGUGACGUGUUGGAGGAACCACAAGUCUAGGUUGAAGAAGAAGUAUUUUCUAAGAAUAGGAAAUAGAGUACGAGCACCUAAAAAUGUAAUUCCUAAAGAUUAUGAAGCCCUUGUUGAGUAUUGGAAUUUACCAAAAAUGAAAGAUCUAGUUUUGAAGAACAAGAGCAGUCGUUCCAAGCAAAAGAAUUUACAUACUCCUAGUUCAAAAAGCUAUGCUUCGUAUGCAGAAGAAAUGGUAACAAUGCUUGGGCACCCCGUAGAGCGUGCAAUAGUAUACCUGAAACUCCAUACUUGUAAAGAUGAUACUCCUGUUAACCCUGAAGUAGCAAACAACAUUGAAAAAAUCAACGAACUAUUGGGUGAGCCCUCAAAUCAUCUACAUUCAACUUACCUCAUUGGUAGUAUUAAAUGGGCAUCAAAUGAUAUAUUUGCUCAAGUGUUUGGUAAUGAACACAAUGGUCAUGUUUGGGGUGUGGGAUUUGGCCUAACCCCAAGUAGACAGACUGCUAAGAAUACUACUGCAAGUGCUCAAAUAAGAAGCCAAGAAAGGGAUGCUAAAGUGACUCAGUUGAAGAGUCAAGUGACUUUUUUGAUAGAGAAAAUGGCUCGCUAUGAGAACUUGGAGGAGUGA